AAAAACGUAAGAAAGAGCUUCUUCUCUUUCCUUUUAGCGAAUCCCAUUUUUAUCUGUUUUCUCUGUGCUGCACAAACUCUUAUCAUCCAAAUAUAAAAACAGUAAAUCUUUUUUUUUUUAAAUAAAGAGAGAGAGAGAGGAGAAAAGAGGGCCUCACGCCCUCUCAAUAAAAAGCUUCAUCCUCUCCCAAUCUUUUAGAUUUCAUUCUCAGUUUUUUUUUUCUCCUCUUCUCCCCUUUUCUUAAAACUUUCGGAAUCCAGGAUCGUGGGUCGAUCGGUUCACAGAAUCCGAUCAACACCCAUCUGUAGUUCAUAUUAUUCAUCCAUCCAACACAUCCAUAACGAAUGGAGAUGGAAUCAUGUAAGCUGUUCAUCGGUGGGAUCUCUUGGGAGACAACCGAAGAUCGCCUCCGCGAGUAUUUCCAGAGCUUCGGCGAGGUUCUGGAGGCUGUGAUAAUGAAGGAUCGAGCCACUGGUCGUGCUCGUGGCUUCGGUUUCCUUGUCUUUGCUGACCCUAUCGUUGCUGAGAGAGUCGUGUUGAUCCGACACGUCAUCGAUGGUAAAAUUGUUGAGGCGAAAAAGGCGGUUCCAAGAGAUGAUACUCAUGUUGUAUUGAACAGAAGUAACAGUAGCCUCCAGGGAUCACCUGGCCCAGCGACCAGCAAAAAGAUCUUUGUCGGAGGCUUGGCUUCAUCGGUGACAGAAGCUGAGUUCAAGAAGUAUUUUGCUCAGUUUGGGGUGAUUACUGACGUUGUGGUGAUGUAUGACCAUAGAACCCAGCGUCCGAGAGGCUUCGGGUUCAUCUCUUUUGAGACAGAGGAGGCUGUGGACAGAGUUUUGCAGAGGACGUUCCACGAGCUCAAUGGGAAGAUGGUGGAGGUCAAACCGGCUGUUCCUAAAGAGAUGGCUCUGAAUCCGAUCAGGAACCAGAUGAAUGUGAAUAGCUUCGGGAGUGGUGGGAGACUCGGUGCGUUGCUGAUGAACGAGUACGCGAGAGGACUCAGCUUGAGUCCAGGUUAUGGAGUGCAGCCUGAAGUUAGGUACAGUCCAGCAGUAGGAGGUAAUAAUAGAGGAGGAGGAUUCUCACCGUUUGGACAUGGAUUUGGAAUCGAGCUGAAUUUUGAGCAAGGGCAGAGUCAGAGCUAUGGAUCUGGUUCCAAUGCAGGCUUUGUUGGACGGCCGUUUAGCCCAGGAUAUGCUGCGAGUCAUGGCAGGUUCGGUGGUAGCCAGGUUGAGUCUGGAGGAGGUAACGGUUCUGUGCUAAAUGCAGCAGCCAAGAACAACUUAUGGGGAAAUGGUGGUGGUCUAGGUUACAUGUCGAACUCUCCGAUAUCUAGGAGCAGCUUUAACGGAAACUCUGGAAUGUCUUCUUCACUAGGCAGCAUUGGGGACAGCUUUGGACGUGCACGUAGUGGUGGCUAUCGCAGUGAGGGAGGAGGAGGAGGUGUAGGAUUAGAAGCAAUGAGAGGGGUUCAUGUUGGUGGUUACAGCAGCAGCGGCGGCUCAAGCAGUAUGGAGGCAGACUCUCUGUACAGUGACUCGGCGUGGCUUUCUUCGCUGCCUGCAAAGGCGGAGGAAAGAUUGGGAAUGGGAGCUUUUGACUUCAUGUCUAAAGGACCAGCUGGAUACAUCAACAGGCAACCAAACGGAGGUAUUGCAGCUUAGAGAAGUGUGAGAAAAUCCUAUGGAGAUUUACAGGAAAUGGCUAUAUUUGCAGAAUGAGAGUUUUUAGAAAGAGGAAAACUUAUUUGUUCAAAGCUUUUAUUUACUUCUUUUUUUUUCUUUACUAUUUUGAUUGUUGCUAUAGUUUUUAAUUUCACCCUUUUCCUAAUUUGGGGUUUGUUUCUUUUAUCUUAAAGAAAAUUAAAAAUGUAAACCGAGUUAUAUAAAGAGACAAAGAAACAAUGAAGUGUAUUAUAUU